GAAUCAUCUGAUAUAUACAUGUGUAUACAAUAAAUCGUCUGUUUUGUGUAUAGCAUAUGUCAUAGUUAUAAGUUAUACUAAAAAUUAACAAAUUUUUAAAAAAAUUCUAUCAUUUAUAGAACUUCGGAAGAGUGUUAUAACAAAUAUAUAAAUAUGUUUGGAUUUAACAUGUUUCCGGAGAUUGUAAGACCUUUCAACAAUCAUUAUAGAUGUUUUUCUGUAUCAAUGUUACCGGGUACAUAUCGACGAGAUGUAGAACGUGGAGGAAAAAUAAUCAUGCCACCUUCAGCUUUAGAACAUCUUACAAGAUUAAACAUUAGAUUUCCUAUGCUAUUUAAAUUAAGUAAUGAAAAAACGAAUAGAAUUACUCAUUGUGGUGUUUUAGAAUUUGUUGCAGAUGAAGGAAGAGUUUAUUUACCUUGUUGGAUGAUGUAUAAUCUUUUAUUACAAGAAGGAGAUCUAAUAAAUGUUGAAAGUGUAAAUUUACCUGUUGCAACAUUUUCACGUUUUCAACCUCAAUCUGAAGAUUUUCUAGAUAUUACAAAUCCUAAAGCUGUUUUAGAAAAUGGAUUAAGAAAUUUUGCUUGUCUCACAACAGGUGAUAUUAUUGCCAUAAAAUAUAAUCAAAGAAUAUAUGAAAUGUGUGUUUUGGAAACAAGACCUGGCCCAGCAGUUACUAUCAUAGAAUGUGAUAUGAAUGUUGAAUUUGCUCCUCCACUGGGAUAUGUAGAAAAAGAAACUAAGAAGGAUGAAAAUGUAGUAGAUCCUGCAGAUUUAAUGCCAGCCCCAUCUGGUUUUGUACCAUUCAAAGGAGAAGGUAAUAGAUUGGAUGGCAAAAAACGUAGAGAUUUUGCAAAACCAGAAGUAACUACAAAUAAACCAGCUUAUGUUAGAGGAAUACCGGAUUAUGAUUACAAAAUAGGAACACUUACAUUCUUGCGUAUUAUUAAGCCUGUAAAUAAUAAAGAGGCAAAAGAUCAAGAUGAAUUUAAAGCAUUCACUGGUGAAGGUUUUUCUCUUAGAAAGUCAAAAUAAUUAAAUAAUUAGUGAUUUAUUUAUUUUCAUACAAUUACAUGUAUUUGUAAAAGUGAGUAUUUAUAUUUGUAAUUAAACUGUUGUACUUUUUAACAAACAA